GCGGAAAGCCCGGAUGGCCAUAUUACGGCGCCGCGCCUCCUCACAUAGCCUAUCCCGGUCCAGUUCCCAGGGUUCCCUGGUCAGUCUACCGGACACGCCCAGGACAAGAACGCCGGUCCCGACAACCCCCACUACAGAAGGGUCAUACCGGUCCCGGUCCCGGCGGAGCAGUGUGACGUCAGAGUCGUCCAUCACAGCCCCACCUCCUGUCUUCACCCGGCGGUCCACAACUACUCUGUUAGACAGGCUCCCCAACACAACAGGCCGGGGAUCCUUUACUCGCCCAGCUACACGAGAACGAUCGAGACACCCCAGCUCGCCGCUACCUGUGACAGCCCGCCAGGUUUACACAGCAGGGAUCAUUUAGGGUGUUCAACGCCACAGAAAUUAACAGAUAAUUUGUUGUACAUUCAUGCCCUAUUGGGCUAAGUACAGGUAAACAAAUGAAAUGCUAGGUAUGUUCUGUAUCUGUAUCAGUAUAGCCGAUAUAACCAACCUUCGGUAUUCGAUAAUGUUCAAAAACAGAAUAGGAUAUGUCUAGAUAGCUUAAUAAGCCAAAACAUACAGGCAUUUGAUAAUUAUGGCAUAAUUUAGAAUUAUUGUCUACCUACCUAAUCUGACUGGCGAGUCUUUCUUUCGGUAAAAUGUUUUAGGUAAAUUAUAAACCUUUAUCCGUUUAAUUUUACCUUGAUCUUUUGUAAAAAGUGCAAGGAACGCAUGCCUAAAAACAAAGCUAUAAGACUUGCAAAAAAAAAGUACUUGGAAU